UUCGCCCUCGUUUCCGUGGUCACCACGAGAUCGGUUCGCCGCUGUUUUCCUGCUGCGGCAAGUCGAGCGGCGUCAAGGCUCACAGGGACGACCCAACAGCACCGUCACCUCCACCUUCACACAUUCUAGUCUACGAUGAAACUGUCAGCAUUGUUACCCUUUCUCUGCGACCGCAUCAUUUGCGUCAUACUGCUGGUGAUGGGCCUUUCUACUCCUGGACAAGCAGAAAUCACCAGUCUGGACUCAGCCAACAUUGAUGACGUCCUAAAUAAUGCUGGCGUUUCCUUAGUAAACUUUUACGCUGACUGGUGCAGAUUUAGUCAGAUGCUCCAUCCCAUCUUUGAGGAGGCGUCUAACAUCGUGCGGGAGGAGUUCCCUGAGACCACGCAGGUGGUGUUUGCACGUGUCGACUGUGACCAGCACUCCGAGAUAGCCCAGCGCUACCGCAUCAGCAAGUACCCCACGCUGAAGCUGUUCCGCAAUGGCAUGAUGAUGAAGCGGGAGUACAGGGGUCAGAGGUCGGUGGCGGCCAUCGCUGACUUCAUCCGCCAGCAGCAGGUUGACCCUGUGAAAGAGAUCCACUCCAUGGAGGAGCUAAACACUGUGGAUAGGAGCAAAAGGAACAUCAUUGGUUACUUUGAGAAGAAGGACUCUGACAAUUACCGCAUCUUUGAAAAAGUUUCCAACAUUCUCAGAGAUGACUGCACCUUUAUGGCUUCUUUCGGGCCCGUGUCCGAGUCUAAGCGCUUCAUCGGGGACAACGUCAUCUACAAGCCGGUGGGGGAGAGCGUCCCCGACAUGGUCUACCUCGGCUCCCUCACCAACUUUGACCUGACCUACGUUUGGGCUCAGGACAAGUGCGUGCCUCUGGUCAGGGAGAUCACCUUUGAAAACGGAGAGGAGCUCACGGAAGAGGGCAUCCCUUUCCUCAUCCUCUUCCAUCUCAAGGAAGAUAACGAGAGCUUAGAGAAGUUCCAGCUCGAAGUAGGUCGGCAGCUCAUCAGCGAGAAAGGAUCGAUCAACUUCCUGCACGCGGACUGCGACAAGUUCCGCCAUCCUUUGCUGCAUAUCCAGAAGACUCCCGCCGACUGUCCCGUUAUCGCCAUAGACUCAUUCAGGCACAUGUAUGUGUUCCCGGAUUAUAAAGACCUCAAUAUUCCCGGCCAGCUGAAACAGUUCGUGUUGGAUCUUCACUCCGGAAAACUACACCGAGAGUUCCACCACGGUCCCGACCCCACAGACAGCACACCCGGACAGGAGGAGAUCAGGGGAGACGCGGCCAGCAGCCCCCCACAGAGCUCCUUCCAAAAGCUGGCGCCCAGCGAGACUCGCUACACCAUCCUCAGACGGGACCGCGACGAGCUGUGACCUCAGCCGCCAUUCCUUCCACUCACCCUUUUGGACUCAAUGCCACGCCUCGAGGGGUGGGGACGCACGUCCGGGGAGGGGGGCUUUGGGUCAGGACACAGGCCAGCGGGACAGAACAGCAACGCCCAACACCCUGACUAAAGAGAGAAGAACAACAACUGGAGAAGAGAAAGAGAGAGAGCAAAGGCCAUGACAAAACCAUGUUGGAAUCACCUAUAUUUUUUGAAAGCGUAAAUGUUUUAUUUUGGAUUUUGGGGAAGGGUGAAGACUUAAGUAUGGACGUGGGGGUAGAAGCAUCAAGAGAAGUGUUUUUUUUUUUUUUUUUUUGAGCUUGUACAUAUGUUUGUGUUCCUUGGCAUUUGUUGAUCUAAAUUAAAUGCACCAUUAUUUUUCUUUAGUUGAUUCCAUAUACCCUUCACUCCACUUCAUAUUUUUGGCUCCAGGGCGACUCUCCUCAUGUGUACUUAAAAAGCACAACACGCCAUUUUGAAGUAGCGGCAUCUUCUUCCUCUCUCCCGGCAAGAUUUCUGAAGGAUUACAAACAUUUGCUACUUGGUACUACUUGUUUGAGCAGGGGUGUGGGAACCUACAAGAGCACUUGAUCCAGCUCACCAUGCUCACUGAAUGUGAGGGAUAUUGGGCUUUUGUCUGGAAUUUCAGGAUGUACUAAAAAUGCGCUGUAAUUGUUGCAAGUGGGCUUAAUUGAAAUUCAUCUAAACUGUAAAGUCCAACUGCUCAGUGCUUUAAUACUUGUUUCAACCUUGCUGUUCUGUAAGAAGCUAAAUGGCAAAAUUCUGAUCCACGAAUGGUCCAAAACAAUUCCUGGAUUCAAUUAGAAUUAGUAUUUAAACAUUCCUCUCCUUCAUGCUGUUCACAAUAGACAUCUCAGACGAAGAUGACACCUGAUUAAUUUGAUCAACAGUACCUCACUAUUAUGAGGCUUCAAACAGGAAGUGGCCACUGAGCUUGCCGUGUCAUCGUGACAGCAGGUUACGAGAGAGUCACAGAAAUGCAUAAAAGUGGACGUCCUUAGAAAUCUUCAUAGACGAAAUACCUGUUCUGAAUUUUGCAGUCCUUGUUUGAGGACUGCAAAAAAGUAGUCCCAACAUUGAACAGUGGGACAUGCAAAAGUUUACAGGUGGUCAAAUUAGGUGCACCUACAAACAUUACAGUGCAUUAAAGAUGAUUAAAUAGAAAUAAUGAAAGACUGAAAUGGGGAAAAAGGUUCCCCACCUCUGAUUUAAUUGCUCAAGAGUGCCAAGGAAGAGAAAUAACAGCUUUGCUAGUGGGUAAAAUUUUGUUUUCUUGCAAUAAAGAUGCUUUUCAGAUUUUUUUUUUUUUUUUUUUUUUUUUUUUUUUUUUUAAAAGAAUUGUUCCUUUUCCAAGAUGUUCUAAAUGAGGAGUCGCACCCUGUCAUACAGAGCCCAAGAGAGCAUUUGUUGCAGAGGGCCAUGCAAUUCUAAAAACUAAUAAACCAGAACUUUAUAAAUACCAAUCCCUACCCCCAAUGCCCCUUAUAUAAUUUGUGUGAUCGUCAUAGUUUUUCAGAAAGGACUUUUUAGAGAAACUGUUCCUUCCCCAAUCCCUGCACAAAAGCAAUGCUAACAAAAAAAAUUAUGAAACAAAUUUUUCUGUGCCAUGCCACUGAAGGAAAUUAACUCCACUGUGCUGUACGAUGAAAACUGUUUAUAGGCCCAGUGUUUGUGUUUCCUGAGAUUCCAACCAUGUUUUUGUACACGUGUAGUUCAUGUCAGAACGAGGAGCCCUCUUAAAAAAAAAGUUUUUAGUAUUUGUAUUUAAAAGUGGACUUGUUCAGAUUUAGGGGACUUGUUGCUCUGUUUGUACUGUCCAACUGAGGCCAAGAGACAUUGUGACAUAUCAGCCCAAAGAAAGGGGGGCAGCGGGGUACGGGCAUUUUCAAACAAGUCAUCUCAAAAGGGGAAGACUUUGAGAACGAGAUGACGAUUAAAAGUCAUUUUACAAUA